AUGUGCUUUGCCGACAUUGUGUGCAAGCUGGAGCUCAUGGAGCCGUGCAGCUCGGUCAAGGACCGCAUCGCGCUGAGCAUGGUGCAGAAAGCGGAGGAGCAGGGGCUCAUCUCCCCGGACAAGACAAUUCUGGUGGAGCCCACGUCGGGCAACACGGGCGUGGGCCUGGCAUACAUCGCAGCCGCCAAGGGCUACAAGCUGGUGCUGACGAUGCCGGAGACGAUGAGCACGGAGCGGCGGGUGCUGCUGCGCGCCUUUGGGGCGCAGCUGGUGCUGACCAGCGGGCGGCUGGGUAUGACGGGUGCGAUCCAGAAGGCGGAAGAGAUUGUGAAGGUCACGCCCGGGGCCUACAUGCUGCAGCAGUUUGACAACCCCGCCAACCCCGCGGUGCACUACUCCACCACGGGGCCCGAGAUCUGGCGGGACACCGGCGGCCAGGUGGACUUCCUGGUGGCGGGGGUGGGCACCGGCGGUACCAUCACGGGCGCGGGGCAGUACCUCAAGGAGCAGAAGCCGGCCGUGCAGCUGGUGGCGGUGGAGCCCGCGGAGAGCGCGAUCCAGGGCAUCGGCGCUGGCUUCAUCCCCAAGGUGCUCAACGUGUCGCUGCUGGAUGAGGUGGUGCGCGUGUCCAGCCACGACGCGGUCACCAUGGCGCGGCGGCUGGCCACGGAGGAGGGCCUCCUAUGCGGCAUCAGCAGCGGCGCGGCGGUGUGGGCAGCCAUCAAGGUUGCUCAGCGGCCUGAGAACAAGGGCAAGAUGGUUGUGGUGGUGCUGCCGUCCUUUGGCGAGCGCUACCUGUCCACCGUCCUCUUCAACCACAUCUGGAGCAAGGAUGCGGACAUGGAGGACACGAUGCCCAGCAGCUGGAAGGACAAGAGCGGGGAGGAGAAGGCGGAGAACCAGGAGGCCAAGCUCUGAUGGAUGUCGCCAAGCCCUGAUGGUGUAGUGACGCCGCUGGACAGAGGCCCGCGGUCUGCACGGGGCCGUGCAGCACGUGGCACACGGCCCUGCACCUGAGCCAACGUGACCGAAAUGAAGUGUGGUAGCGGCGUGGCAAGCUUGACUCGGCUUGUUGCCUACUGUUGUAAAGGUUCUGUCUCUC